UCUCCCCUAGACAUCCAAUCCCCUCCAUCGAUCCAUCGAUCGAUCACGAGCACAAAAAUGGCACUGAAAUCGUCGUCUCUUCUUCUUCUCCUUCUCCUCGUCUCUGCGACUGCACUCGUUUCCGGCCACCUGUCUCCGACGUUCUACUCCUCGACGUGCCCCGGCUUGCGGCGAACCGUGCGCUCCGCCAUGGCCGAGGCCGUCCGGCAGAACCCGAGGAACGCGGCCUUCCUGAUCCGCCUCUUCUUCCACGACUGCUUCGUCAAUGGGUGCGAUGGAUCGAUCCUUUUGGACAGCACGGCGGCGUUCGCCAGCGAGAAGUUCGCUCUCCCCAACAACAACUCCGCCCGCGGGUUCGAGCUGGUCGACGCCAUCAAGGCCAGGGUGGAGGCGAUUUGCCCGGCCACCGUCUCGUGCGCAGACGUGCUCGCGCUCUCCACGCAGGAAGGCGUCGCUUUGCUCGGCGGGCCGACGUGGACCGUGGAGUUGGGUCGCCGGGACUCGCGGGCGGCGUUCCAGAGCGCCGCCAACAAGGAAAUCCCGUCGCCGUUCGACGACUUGAAGGAGCUCGUCGCCCUGUUCCGCGCCAAGGGCCUCGACGCGCGCGACAUGACCGCCCUCUCCGGGGCGCACACCAUCGGCCAGGCGCAGUGCUUCACCUACGCCCCCCGCAUCCACGAGGACCGCAACAUCGACGGCGGCUUCGCCGCGCGACUCCGGAGGACCUGCCCGGCCAGCGGCCGCGGCGGCGCCCGCGCGCCGCUCGACAGCCGGACGCCGUACCGGUUCGACAACGCGUUCUACCAGGAGCUGGUGGCGAAGCGGGGGCUGCUGCACUCCGACCAGGAGCUGUUCAACGGCGGGUCGCAGGACAAGCUGGUGAGGCGGUACAGCACCGACGCGGCGGCGUUUGAGAGGGACUUCGCGGCGGCGAUGGUCAAGAUGGGAGCCCUCCUUCCGCGUCCUGGGACGAAGGGAGAGAUCCGGCGGAAGUGCAACAGGAUCAAUUAACUGAAUUGCUAUUUUUAUCAAGCGUUGCUUGCUUUCUUUGGCAAGUUCUUUCUUCUCAAUAAAUCACGAUCGAAGUGUCGAUAAAUUGCAAUUUGUUUUUGUAAAUCAUAUGAACAAUAAAUUAUUUAUUUGACA